AAUGCGCAAGAGCAGUAGAUUAUAUUUCAAUUCAAAGAACACAAAAGACAAGGGCUAGAAAAUUUUAAGUGCACGUGUUUGUGUUAUAAGGUGAUUAUUAAAGUUUUUUUGCAUUCAACAGAGCAUUCAAUUUGGAUGGGAAGUGUGAAUCCUUCAAGUAUAAACCUAAUAUAUAAAACGAACUACGCUUUUCAAGGAAACAAUUAUUAGUACCUCCGUCCAAAAUUUCUAAAGGCUAACAAUCUUCUUAUUUUCAAAAUGCAAUAAUCGCGAAAAUUGUGAAAUUGUCUUGAUUCUUGAUAUUCAUUUGUUUCCAACAAAGUUGAUUUUAUAGACAGUGUAUCAGUGAUUUAAACACUUUUUGAAGUUUUUUACUAUGUCCAAAAUUGCGAAAAAAGGUAGAAAUCCUGGAGCUGUUGAUGGCUGGUUGGAUUCUCUGGGAUUAUAUAGAAAAAAUAUAGCUUAUGACGAAACUUGUCUGUUUAGAGCUAUUUGCGAACAGGUUUUUGGUGGUCAAGUUUAUCAUGAAAGAGUUAGAAAGGAAUGCAUAGCCUAUGCCAGAAAAAGUUACAAGGAAUUUGUUAAUCUAGGAAUAGGACAAAAGGAUUGGUUUAUUCAUCUGAAUGAAUUGGAAAAGCAUAUGGUAGUUUGUGGAGAUAUAGAAUUGUGCAUAAUCAGCAGAAAGUACAAUCGUGAUAUAAUCAUAUUUGAUGCUUCCAAACAAAUGGUAUUUGAUUUCACAAAAAGAAACCUACCAGAAGUAUUUCUUCUUUGUCUAUUGGAUAAAGAUCAUUAUGAUGUAAUAUUUAAGAAGGAUUAUAUAGCUACUUAUGGUUUCUGUCAAUCUGUGAUAUAUAAAGUACUUUAUGAAAAGGUAUUCAAAAUCUUUAAUGUGGAAGAAAUAGUAAAUCACAUGUUGUAUGAUAAAAAUAUCAUUACACAGUCGGAGUUAGAAAAGAAAAAUAUGCUUGAUGAAGAGUGUAAUUCAGAGUCAUUGAAUAUACAGGAGGAAAGUGAUGAAUUGGAAGAAAAGUCUUUUUCGUCAACUAAUUUAGCGCCAUUUCCUUUCAAGGUAGCAAAAGCCCUCGAUCCUACCAUCUAUCGAAAUAUUGAAUACGACUCGUGGGGAGAAGUAAGGAGAGAAAUGCGUCUCGGAGAUUGGUAUUAUGGAGACAAUAAACUUAUACUUGGCACCAAAUGUAUAUUCAACGACGACCAUAAUAACGAAAAGUUAGAGUGUUAUAUUCAAGAUAUCACAAAAGAUCAAAAUAAAUGUGUUAUUUACAUAACCAAAAUGGCUGAGAAAAGAACAGUGAACUACUCUGAUUUAUCACCAGAGGAUGGGGCAAAACCUUGGCCAUUACCUUAUAGGUUUAUGAAGAAUAUCUUUCCAGUAAACGGGUCUCUUGGUCCUGUACCUUCCAAUAAUGACAAGGUAAUACCAAGACCUAAACGACGAACCAAAGACAAAAAACGAACAAAAAGUGAAAGUAGUAUUAUGUCUGCGUCCAUGUCAAUGCCUUUUAAAUGUGAUGCAAUUGAAAACAUAGAAGAUUAUAUAGGAGCACCUGCUAUAAUGCAUAAUCCAAAUGAAAUAACUCAAGACCACUCAGAAAUCUCAACCACUGUGCACACGGAAACAAAUACAUUCCUAGAGAGUCCGAUAAAUUCCCAACAAGAUCCAGUCAGUGAUAAUAUGUAUAACUGGGACUCGUCACACUGGCAGUCAUACAUGACUCCAACCCAAGAUCCAUUCAUUUUUCCACAAAGUCCGAUGGCACAUAAUCCCUUCAACUUCAAGCCUAUGGUUGCAUCAGCUCCAGUGACACCAAAUGUGAUUCCAUAUCAUGAUCAAAAUUAUCCGUUCUAUUACAACUACCAUGUCGAACCAUAUCAAGCCUACCCGCAAUGGUCUUCGCCUCCUUUUGAACUUCAACCACCUCCUCCUCCGAGAAAUGAUAGUGAAAAACGGCUACCACCAGAAAACCAAGACAAGGUUGAAACUCCCCAACAAGAAAUGCCAAAUGUUAAUACCAACUCUAAAAAUGAAGUCAAUAAUAACAAUGAAAUUCAAAGUCCGGUGGUACCUUCUCAAGAGAGAAUGCUUACUUUCACUCCUCAGAGUCCCAGUGUUGAGGUUUAUCCAUCUAUUAUACCGUUUCCUCCAGGGACACCAGUAGUAUACACUCACGCUCCACCAGAUUUGUCCGAAAUGGUACUGCCUAUGACUCCCGUAAUGUACACGGAAUUACCGCACAUGUCCCCGACUCCAUUCAUUUAUCCACCUACGCCUCCCGCUACUUGGUACCCAGCAGGAGUAACGCAGCAAGGUUUCAUUUUCCCCCCACAACGUAACUAAGUUUCUAUUUAUUAUACCAUUGUUUUGUAACAUUCAUGUUUUUGUUUAGAGUUUGCUUUUAUUUAUGUUUUGGAACAAGAGUUUAUUUUUAUUU